AUGACUGGCCACAUUGAAGUGUCAAGCCGGGAAAUCAAAAGUAUCUUGGCCAAGACAAUGAGUGCUCAUAGAACUGAUUGGUUUCGAAAGCUUGAUGACGCACUAUGGGGGUAUCGUACCGCAUACAAAACACCAAUUGGUAUGUCUCUGUAUCAACUAGUUUUUGGUAAAUCUUGCCAUCUACUAGUUGAAUUGGAACACAAAGCAUUGUGGGCAUUGAAAGCCUUAAAUCGGGACUGGACAAAGACCUCAAAAGAGAGAGUAGAGCAGUUAAAUGAGUUGGACGGAUUUAGGUUCAAAGCUUAUGAAAGAAAGCUCAAGUCCAAAUGGUCAGGACCGUUUAAAGUGUCACGAGUGUUCACAAAUGGUGCCAUAGAAGUUGAAGGUCAAGAAGGACCUGCAUUUAAGGUGCAGGAUUUUGUGCGAGAAGAAGAUGCUAUUGGCGAAUCGCCAAACCUGUUUGGCGAGCACGACAUAGUAUGCACUAUGGACUUCAAAAAUGAGGUAGAGAUUUUGGAACAUUCUGCGGGAAACCUUCAUCACUUGGCGAAUCGCUGA